CAUGGGCGGGGCUAGCUGAACUUCAGGAACAAAAACAGUGGAAGAUCUGCAGCUCUGUUUUUUAUAACUCCUGCUUGGGUUUGAGUUUGUUGAAGAUUAAUCUUUUUUGCAAUAUGGCGGAAAACAGGGACAAAGCCACGGAUCAGAUGAAAAUGUGGAAAGAAAAUAGAGGAUCUCAGCGAGCCGACACGUUGACCACAGGAGCCGGCGUCCCCGUAGGCGAUAAACUGAAUGUCCAGACGGCCGGACCCCGAGGGCCACUGCUGGUGCAGGAUGUCGUCUUCACUGACGAAAUGGCGCACUUUGACCGCGAGCGCAUCCCUGAAAGAGUGGUUCAUGCCAAAGGAGCAGGUGCAUUUGGCUAUUUUGAGGUGACUCAUGACAUCACACACUACUGCAAGGCCAAGGUGUUCGAGUACGUGGGCAAGACGACUCCUAUUGCUGUGAGAUUCUCUACUGUGGCUGGAGAGUCCGGUUCGGCUGAUACAGUUCGAGACCCUCGAGGUUUUGCAGUGAAAUUCUACACCGACGAGGGGAACUGGGACCUGACUGGCAAUAACACCCCCAUCUUCUUCAUCAGGGAUGCACUUCUGUUUCCAUCCUUUAUCCACUCUCAGAAGCGGAAUCCUCAGACUCACCUGAAGGACCCUGACAUGGUGUGGGAUUUCUGGAGUCUGCGUCCCGAGUCACUGCAUCAGGUGUCUUUCCUCUUUAGCGAUCGCGGAUUACCGAAUGGAUAUCGCCAUAUGAAUGGCUACGGAUCUCACACCUUCAAACUGAUCAACGCUGAAGGAAACCCUGUGUAUUGCAAGUUCCAUUACAAGACUGAUCAGGGCAUUAAGAAUCUGACUGUAGAGGAAGCAGAACGUUUAGCCUCCUCUGACCCGGACUACUCCAUCCGUGACCUGUACAACGCUAUCUCCAAUGGUAACUUCCCAUCCUGGACCUUCUACAUCCAGGUCAUGACCUUUGAGCAGGCGGAGAAGUACCCAUGGAACCCAUUCGACCUGACCAAGGUUUGGUCCCAUAAGGACUACCCCCUGAUUCCAGUGGGACGCUUUGUGCUGAAUAAAAACCCUGUGAACUAUUUCGCUGAGGUGGAGCAGCUGGCGUUUGACCCCAGUAACAUGCCGCCUGGUAUCGAGCCCAGUCCUGACAAGAUGCUGCAGGGUCGUCUCUUCUCUUACCCUGACACCCACCGCCAUCGGCUCGGAGCCAACUACCUCCAGCUGCCCGUUAAUUGCCCUUAUCGUGCCCGCGUGGCUAACUACCAGAGAGACGGGCCCAUGUGCAUGACUGACAACCAGGGCGGAGCCCCGAACUACUACCCCAACAGCUUCAGUGCUCCAGACUGUCAGCAGCGCUUUAUGGAGUCCAAGUUCAGGGUCUCUCCUGACGUUGCCCGCUACAACAGCUCGGAUGAGGACAAUGUGACCCAGGUUCGCACUUUUUUCACCAAGGUCUUGAAUGAGGCUGAACGAGAGCGUCUGUGCCAGAACAUGGCAGGACACCUGAAAGGAGCUCAGCUGUUCAUCCAGGAGCGCAUGCUCCAGUGUCUGAUGGCCGUGCACCAGGAUUACGGCUCUCGUGUUCAGGCGCUCCUCAACAAGUACAAUGCAGAGGGCAGAAAGAACUCUGUCCACGUGUAUACGAAGGGAGGUUCUGACGUGGCUGCAUCCUCCAAGAUGUGACGUGUGGAAAUUCCGUAUCAGACCAAAACUGCAGCACACACCUGACAAGAGCACUUGUUCUUUUUCUCCUAUCAUUUCAUAGUUCAUGAAGUUCCUGAAGUGUUCAGUGUGAACGCUAAACCUCUUCUAUCAGAUCGUUCACUAGAAGAUAAAAAAGAAAGCAUUAAUGUGAAGUACUUCAAUUCUUUUUAUUCUGUUUUCUCAUAGUUAAUGUUGAGAAACGAUAUGACUUGGGGACAUGAGAGAGCUCAUAACAUUUCAUAACAUUUAGACGUCCUUAUACAGAGCCACUUCUUAUACCUGAGCAGUUCCUGGGGUUCAGGUUCAGGAGUGAAAGCUUGGUGUGCCUGGGAUUUAAACUCAUUACCUUCACAUCCAAAUUCCUAAACCACUAAUCUUCCACCUCCCCAUAUCGUUUCUUCAGUGUGCAGGAUGGACACUGAUUUGAUUUGAUUCCUUUGAAAAUGAUGAAACCGAGCCUUUUAUAUUUCCGCACUUGUUUCAUUAUGCAAGAAAUCUUUUUUUUUUUUUUUCACGUGAUUUUUAGUUUCUGAGCAUUUCUAAUGUUCAAUCUUUGUAAUUGUGUUACACUGUCAUGAUCAGCGUCGAAUGUUUUGAAAGCUCUGCCUUCAGUCACGUAUUAAAUACAUCUUGCUAAUAUGAUUUGAGUAGUAUUUGGGUUGAAUGAUCAAAAUUGCUGUUUAUUAGUUCAUCUGUUUCUCAUAGCAACAGAAACGUUCUCCGUGUGAAUAACCGUGAUCGUGCGUCUGUUUAAAUAUUACAUUGUUAAUCACUAAUAGUCUAAUAACUUCACAGUGAGAAGCAGCACACCCUAGAGGUAUGUGUAGGUAAUGCUGUUUGACAUUUGCAACCAAUGAAAGAUUUGUAUUUUUUUUAUACGCACUUUGAUAUACUCGAAGAUGAAACGAUGCGUUUUAGAUCAGAAAGUUGCGAUCAGAAUGCGAUUUUGCUUUACUGAAGUCAAACUACAAUCCGAUGUCUUUUUUUUACGUCCCGUAUCUCAUUAUUAAUAAUAGAAACCCUGUAGAAGUGUUGCUCUGUGUGCUCUGAAACUAAAUUCAAUAAAAUCCUAAUGAUUUGCUAUA